AUGACUGCUUCAGAUAAGGACUUUGGUUUUGGUCGUUUCAUGGGUAAACAUGGUAUGGGUUUGCGCAACGAUAUGGGAGAAAACUUGUUAGACUUGUUAUCAGAAUUUGACCUCUUUGCCUCCAACACUGGUUUUUAUCAUCCUGCCCGACAUACGACCACCUACACUGGCUGGAGGAAGGACUGGAGUGCCGGGCGAAAUAGUAAAAAGACGAUCCCGGUCUAUUCUCAGAUCGAUUUCAUCCUGUGUCGAAGUAGGUCGAAGCCAAUGCUACAAGAUUCUAGAUCUUAUGCAGGCACCUUGACAUACUCUGAUCACAGAUUUGUUGUCACUAGAGUAGAUUUUAAGGACAUCUGUCUUUGCUAUAAACGCCACUCCAAGUCAUCCUUAAAGUUCAACACCUCUGAACUCACCUCGAACCCCACCAUUCAGGUGAAAUAUCGUCAAUCCUUAGAUGAUAACUUAAGUAACACUGUUUCUGCUCUGGAUCCAAAUUCAGACUUGAAUGGCUUACUUGAGUCCAUAAAGGAUGCUGCAAAAUCGUCAAUUGGUGUCAUCAGACACAGGAAACGUAAUCGCAGCGACGAUGAUGAGGUGAAAAACUUAUCUAGCCAGCGUUACUUGUUGAGACAGCAGCUUAAUGAUAACCAGUCUUUAGACAGAACCUCACUUAGAUCAUCUAUUAACUGCCUCACCAAUCAGAUCAAGCAGAGACUUUCUAACAUACGAUCAGCUGCUGCUGAUGCUAUCUGUAAUACCAUCAGUUCAACAACAGAUAGUAAGAAAAUGUUUGAAGCUGUUCGAACCCUGAACUUACCUAAAAGUAAAGCCCCUUCUAGUAUUGGUGUUCAUGAUGAGCAAGGGUGCAAUAUUGCAACAGACACUGGUAAAGCUGCCGUAGUUGCUAAGUACCUUGAGCAACAACUUACUCGUGAUGAAGCACCUUUAGAACCUUUUGUAGGACCUCCUCGCCCACUAGUUAAGCCAUUCACUAGUGAAGAAAUCGGAUCAGCUGCUAGAAGUCUCAAAAAUGGUCGAGCUAACGGCCCAGAUGGGAUUCCUAAUGAGCUUCUCAAGUAUUCUACUGGAUCAGUACACAGACGUUUUGCAGACAUUAUCAAUAGAAGCUUCGAGACCAAUUCCUACCUUGACCCCAUUGGACAGGCAAACAUUACCCCCUUACAGAAGCCAAAUAAGCCCAUUGGUCCAGUGAAGAAUCUACGACCCCUCACUCUCUCAAAUGCUGUUAGAAAGAUUCUUUCAAUGGCAACCUUGAAGAGAAUUGAGAAUAAAGUCAAUGCCUUCACUGGUCCAUGGCAAUGUGCUUACAAGCAGGGUAGAUCAUGUGCUGACAUUGUAUGGUGCCAGCGUGUGAUGUUAUCAGUUGUCCAGAGGAAGAGGUGGGAAUACCAUCGCAUGGGGAUUGACAUGUCUAGUGCCUUUGACACUAUACGACGAUCUACCAUCCUCGAUCUUCUUGUUGAGUGUGGCUGUGAUGAUGACGAAGUCCGUUUGGUAAGACUUUUGCUUUCCAACACCAAGCUCAAAGUCAACAUCAACGGUACACUGUCUGCUGAAUUCCAGAGUUUUCUCGGUGCAUUCCAAGGUGACUGUCUGUCUGGAUGCUUGUUCACACUUGUCUUAGCGGGUGCCUUGCGUGACCUCCGUAACAGGCUUGAAACUGCAACGAAUAGGCCUAACCCACCUAUUACCGAUAUUGGUCUUCCACUUGACAGUGAGUAUGCUGAUGAUAUCGACUUCAAUGAUGAAGAUGAAGACAAUCUGAGGGAGCUGUUGCCUAUUGCAACAGAAGUCCUUAAAGAUUGGAAUCUCUUCGUUAACGAAGACAAAACUGAUUUCACUCAUGUGUACUUAGCUGAAAAGGGAGCUAAAGACGAUCAGGGUAAGCCAAUUGCAGGGAACGAGCUCUGGAGAAAGAGUAUCACGCUUGGCUCCAUGCUUUGUAGUAAGGAGGACACCUCUAGAAGGAUAUGUCUGGGAUAUGCCGCGUUUAACAAAUACAAGAAAGCUUGGAACCAUAAGAUCCCUCUGAGCAAGAGGCUUCUGUUGUAUGAGGCUCUGCUAAAGUGGCUUGUAGUCGGUGGAGGAUGCUCGGACAUGUACUGCGUGGGCCUACAGAUGGCCCUGCCUAUUCGUCGCUUGUUUUUGCUGUCAACACCUUACAGCUUCAAGGGCGGCGUGGAAGACCGCAGUCAAACCUUUUCUCACUGA